UAUUUUGAAAUCUUUCAGUUUCCUCUUUGAGGUGUUGUGUAUCAGGCGGUUGGCUUCCGUCUAUGUUACUACGAGAUAUGUACGUCGAUAAUCGAAACAUUUAAUUAACCUUUAUGCUUACAAGUUUUGUCAACACGUCAGAUGCCAAAUGUGAACACCAGUAAAUCUACUUAUCCACCUGACGGUGGAAAUGUAGAGGAACCAUAUAAAACCACACCACAGAUUUGCUCAGAUGGUGUCAGAGUGACUAAAUCAUCCAAUACUCAAACUGAAUUUGCUUAUUUACCUGAUGAAAGUCAUUUCAAGACUCAACAGGGUGUUGAUCCAGAUGGCAGACAACUGGAUCCUUCAACACAAAUACAAACAGACGCUAAUGUGAAAAAAGUUAACGCAUGUUCGAAAGAGAGUACAAGCCAAACAGACAGAGAUCGUGUCAUUAGAAAGUUGGGUGUCACUAGUACUGCAUUUAUUGGGCCCACUUGUCGCCCUGAUCCUUCUAUCGAGCAGGAGCUUUGUGAAUUUUACAAAGAGCUUGAGGAAGUAGAUAAGGUUGAUGGCGAUGCCAACACCAAAUCGGUUGAAGAGCAUGGCCGCCAUUCAUCCAGAAAUCCCAAAAGCAACCUAUCAAACAGGACAAGCAGUCCUGUUGUUGUAACUGAUCACGGUAGAGCCUACAGACCCUACCCAGAUCCACAUGAACGGAACCAAAACGGGAACCAUCCAAAGGGAUGGAGACCUCGCUUACAAUGGAAUACGGAUAACUUUGGUGGAGGAGGACAUCCGGAGCCAUGGUAUCCACCUCCACCAUGGGUUCAUCCAGACCCAAGGAUUCAGUUCGUCCCUCCCCCAACCUCUGGAGGUCCAAUCAUGUAUCCUCCAGACACGAGACCUCAGGAGAACUUCCACGGUUACAAUAACAGCAGGGGCCCAUGGGAAGGGCCACCAUUACCUUCAAACAGAUGGCAUGAACGUAGCAGUUUCCAGUCACAUGAGCAUCCUGGAUUCUCUGAGGAAUAUGACACACUAUUAUCACACUGGCAGCAGCACGAUCAUGAAAAAGACCAAUAUCAACAUUUGGAGCUCAUAUUGUUGAGGGGAGUCCCGGGAUCUGGAAAAUCCUCUUUGGCCAGAGAGCUCCUGUCCACUGGUCCCAAUGGAGUAAUAUUGAGCACAGAUGACUACUUUUUCCAAGACAACAGAUAUGUUUUCGAUUCUGCUCUGCUUGGGGAUGCACAUGACUGGAAUCAGAAGAGAGCUGAACAGGCGAUGUUGGAGGGCUGCUCACCUGUUAUCAUCGACAACACUAAUGUCAAAGCCUGGGAGAUGAAGCCUUAUGUUGAAAUGGCUUUAAAGAACGGAUACAGAGUGGACUUUUUUGAGCCAGAUACCCCCUGGAAAUAUGAUCCUGCUGAGUUAGAAAAGAGGAACAAGCACGGAGUCCCUCGAGAAACAAUAGCAAAGAUGCUGGAUGGUUUCGAGUGGCCGAUGAAUGUUGACAUUGUGAUGAAUUCUGUGGUGCCUCCCCAUAAAAACAAAGGCCAUUAACAGGGAACCGAUGCCAUUUAGCAAAAAUGCCAUUUUUCAUUUCAUCUUUUGGAAUAUAAUAGGUUUAUUUUCUUCAGUUUUAAUAUAAUUGAUGCAGCUAAAGGUGUUUUAAUGACUGUGUGGUGAUUUUAAUGUUUUAAUGAAAAUUGAGAACAAUGCAGAUUUUCAAAAAUGCUCUGUUUUUUAGAUCGAGAAUGUCUUUUUAAAUAGUGUGCAUAUGAAAACGUUCUUUGCUGUCCUAGUUUUGCCCAUUGUAAUAUAAAAAUGUAAAUCUUCUAAAUCAUCACAUUGAUAAGUGUCGACCAAUGGUAAGAUUUAAGACCAUUAGAGUCUGAUGAAGCUUUUGACCUUUACACAGUCUGGCACAUACAAUUAGUGCUGAGCUUCCAGAUACAUUCCAAGCCAGAAUAAAUAAAAAAUAAUAUUAUCUGAUUCUGUAGUGACAUGCUGUAUUAGGAGCAGCACAUCCAGUGUAUGUGUUUUUAAGCAUUCUCAGUUAUUUCACCACCUUGGAAUUAAAAGGUUCAGUCUGCAUUCUGAGCAGUUUUGAGAUAUUGAGCUUCAAAGUUUUUGUAUUUCAUAUUCUUCUGUAGAUAGAAACUUUUUGUUUUCUAAAAAAAGUCCCAAUAUUCACACAACUUGAAAACAUCACAUGAUGUAAAUGCACUGUCACAGAAUAAGAAUAUGUGAAUAACUCAGUUUUGAGAAAAAUGUCAGAUCCUUAUAAUUCCAAGGUGAAGAUUUUUCAAAAGACCAGCAGCUAAUCUCAGGGUUUACAUUUCAUGGUGUUUUACAUAGUUGAUGGCUUAUGUACAGAACAAGAUAUCUUUUUCUUAAAUGCUUCUUAUUUUUGUAAAUAAAUGAUGUUUUCUGA